UUCAGUGGUUAUUUCCUGUAAGAAGACACUGAUUCAUCUUUAUACAAACUAUCACAAGACGUAUUUCCGUGUCUCCAAUACACAUCCCUAUGUAAGCCUAGUUUUCGUUAAUAUCUGAUCACUUCAAUCCACACCAUGGAGAAUUCGACAAUUACAAUGUUUCAGUUUGAAAAUCAAACUAUCCUUGACCAAUGGAAUUCGGAAUUCGUUCACGCGCUGUGGUCCGACACCUUAUUUCUGGUGUUGUACAUUGUAAUUGGUGUAGUCGGUAACUCACUAGUUAUUAUUGUGUAUACUCUACGUUUUCGGAACAAAAGUGAAGAGCGAUUCUUUAUUCCAUACCUUGCUGUUAUCGACCUGGUAGCUUGUGUGGUGUGUUCGACAUUCGGCAUUGCUGUAAAUCAGUAUGCUGUGACCUUUACAAACGGCGGGGCUUGUAAGGCAUUCUGGUUGUUUAGUUUAUUUACAACAGGGUGUUCAAUAUUCACACUUCUCGUAAUAGCGGUUCAUCGAUAUCAGAAAAUAUGUCGACCAUUUCAAGCACAGAUGUCCCUCAAAAGGAAAAAACUGAGUUUAAUAGGUUGCAUUGCUGCAUCGAUUCUUUUAUCACUACCAGCACUCGUUUUCUACGGAACCUCUCCUGUAAAACAUCCGGAACACAACAUCAUGGGAACACGUUGUGCUAACAUUCGUGGUCCUUGGUCCAAGGCUGUCGCUGUAGCCUACAAAGGUGUUAUAUUGCUGGUGUGCCUUGGUGUACUGGUCAGCCUAAUAGUACUUUAUUCUCUGAUUGGAAGAGCCGUCUUUAAGAGGAUUAAACUUAAUAAAAAGAGACAGAUCCAAACAUCAGUUCCAACAGUAUCGUCCUCCGUAAUCUCAUCAGACAACUCGACUGCUUAUGCGGAAUCCGUCACCGAAGAUGAGAGAAAACUCACUUCAAGGACAAUUCCAAACGUAACUCCAAGGAAGAAGAACAUCCCAGGGUAUCGACUAUCAAUGAUGUUUAUGCUUAUUACCGCAGUCUUUGUCCUCUGUUUCAUCCCAAAGCUAGCUAUGAUGGUGUUUGAGUCCAAGAAUGAGAUGUUCUGGUUGACACUGGAUACCUCAGGCUAUGGCGCAUACCGAUUUCUCUACACCAUGUAUAUUAUUAACAGCAUCAUCAAUCCUGUCAUAUAUGGCUUCUUUGAUAAAACAUUUAGACAGGAACUCGCAUCACUGUGUUGAAAGUCCUCAUAUGUAUUAUUAAUUUGAAAUUUGCAUUCAUAUUGUUAAUGGACUGUUGGUCAUGUAAAAGGGUUACUCGCUGACAUUACCUAGAUAAACAAAAUCAAGGAAGGAUAUGGUUCUAUAACAUUUCAUGGCAAGUAUGAGGCUGUUUGUUACUUUUUGUCACUCCAACACUUAUUUUUACUGUGGCUGCGUAUAAUGUGGUAUUGCCUUAUUUCAAAAAUUGUGCCUGUCUGGUCGUGUGAAUGGCUUUACUUCGUUUUUAUGUAUCGCGUCAGUGUGACAAUGUGACAUUGUAAUGUUUUAUUACUUUAUUUUGUGUAAUAUAUCAUUGGCUUUAUUGCAUUUAUUGCCUUAAAUUGCGGGUGUCAUGGAGGAAGCAGCAGAAGGCGCUUACCAUGCGAAACACAUGCUUUUAUUCUUCUUGUAUUUUGGAAACGUUCCCAAAUAAUUUUGUCCGUUGUUCACAGUUUUAUCGAUUUUGUGUUUGAAUUACGAUAUUGGCUACAUUUAAGAAUUAUUUGUAUCAUAAUGUGUGAGUGUGUGGUGUAUUCGGAUUGAUAAACAUUUUCCAUGUAUAGUAAUAAUGAAAUUGUAUGUAAUUAUGGUAAAAUAAUGAUGGUUUGUU